UUCAAAUGAAACAUCUAGGGCUUUUCCGCCUCUAGGCAGCGCACUUCCCAUGCAGGACAAGUAAGGCGUCCUGCAGUAUUGCGUCACAGCCGCCCCACCCACUCUCACAACUCCUUAUUACUCAUUGGCUGAUUCACGAAUGCUAUUCGUUGCUGAAGCUGUCACUCAAAAUACCGACGGGGCGGUUGACGUCAUCGUUUCAGUAAAUCAAGGCAUUCGAGCAUAAUCUCAAAUUAGCUAGCGGAGCGAUUUUUUCCCCCGGUACCAGCAUCCAUCCAUCCAUCCAUCCAUCUAACCAUCCAUCAUAGAAGACUAAAUACAGUAACGCACCUGAGCAGAGGAAGAAAACACUGCGAUCAUGGAUGUAUAUAGGGUUAUGAAGUGUUUGUGUGUCGGUUUACUCUGAUCAUCGCUGCCUGACGUUGGUGGACGUCAAUACAGUUUGUUUUUCUGGAGUGAUUUCAGAUUUGGAGUGGAGUAUCAAGGACUUAAUUCAGCAUUGCAUUGUGACAAAGCACAGAGUUGAAGCGUCCAACCAUGUCUGGAGCCUCUGUGAAAGUGGCGGUCAGGGUGCGUCCCUUCAACUCAAGGGAGACCAGCAAAGAAUCCAAAUGCAUUAUUCAGAUGCAAGGCAACUCUACCACUAUAUUGAAUCCCAAAAACCCAAAAGAAGCACCAAAGUCCUUCAGCUUUGACCAUUCAUACUGGUCACACACCACGCCGGAAGACCCCUCCUUUGCAUCCCAGAGUCAGGUGUACAAUGACAUCGGGAAGGAGAUGCUGCAGCACGCCUUUGAAGGCUACAAUGUUUGCAUCUUUGCUUAUGGCCAGACUGGUGCUGGCAAGUCCUACACGAUGAUGGGAAAGCAGGAAGAAGGACAGGAAGGCAUCAUCCCUCAGCUCUGCGAAGAACUCUUUGAGAAAAUCAAUGACAACAACAACGAGGAUAUCUCUUAUUCAGUGGAGGUGGCAUACAUGGAAAUUUACUGUGAGCGAGUGAGGGACUUGCUGAACCCCAAGAACAAAGGGAACCUACGUGUAAGGGAGCAUCCUCUGCUCGGGCCAUACGUCGAAGACCUGUCCAAAUUGGCCGUUACCUCUUAUACGGACAUCGCUGACCUCAUGGAUGCUGGUAACAAGGCCAGGACUGUGGCUGCCACUAACAUGAACGAGACCAGCAGCCGCUCGCAUGCCGUCUUCACCAUCGUCUUCACACAAAGGAAGCACGACAACGAGACGGACCUGUCCACAGAAAAGGUCAGCAAAAUCAGCCUGGUGGACCUGGCAGGCAGUGAGCGUGCAGACUCGACUGGGGCCAAAGGCACGCGUCUGAAGGAAGGUGCAAACAUCAACAAAUCUCUGACUACCCUUGGAAAGGUCAUCUCUGCCCUGGCUGAGGUGAGCAAGAAGAAAAAGAAGACCGAUUUUAUUCCUUACCGAGACUCUGUUCUCACAUGGCUCCUGAGAGAGAAUUUAGGUGGGAACUCGAGGACGGCUAUGGUGGCUGCUCUGAGCCCUGCUGACAUUAACUAUGAUGAAACCCUGAGCACCUUGAGAUACGCCGACCGAGCCAAGCAGAUCAAGUGCAACGCUGUGAUCAACGAAGACCCCAACGCCAAGCUGGUGCGUGAGCUGAAGGAUGAAGUCACCCGCUUGAGGGAUCUGCUCAAGGCCCAGGGUCUUGGGGACAUCCUGGACAGGACUUUAGGCAUCGACAGCUGCGGGGACGGCUACGACCUGAAAGAUAUACACAACAGUCAGCAUAGAUACAUGCUUUCUUCCGAGAAUCAACGGCCUGGCCAUCUCUCCACAGCGCCUAUGGGGUCUCUCACAGCCUCGCCAUCGUCCGGUUCUCUGUGCAGCCCCACAGGCCUGCAGUCCGUCUGUAGCAUCCAGGAGCGCAUCAUGUCCACUCCCGGAGGAGAGGAGGCCAUCGAGAGGCUCAAGGAGUCUGAGAAGAUCAUAGCAGAGCUGAAUGAGACCUGGGAGGAGAAGCUGAGGAAGACCGAGGCUAUCCGGAUGGAGAGAGAGGCUCUGUUGGCAGAGAUGGGCGUUGCAAUCCGGGAGGACGGGGGAACCCUGGGUGUCUUCUCUCCUAAAAAGACCCCUCACCUGGUUAACCUGAACGAGGAUCCUCUCAUGUCAGAAUGCCUGCUGUACUACAUCAAAGAUGGAGUUACAAGGGUGGGCCAGGCCGACGCAGAGAGAAGGCAAGAUAUUGUUCUGAGUGGAGCGCACAUCAGAGAGGAGCACUGCAUCUUCCGCAGCGAGCGGAACGCCAACGGAAACGUGAUUGUAUUGCUGGUGCCGUGUGAAGGCUCGGAGACAUAUGUGAAUGGCAAGCGUGUGAACGAUGCUGUGCAGCUGCGCUCAGGUAAUCGUAUCAUCAUGGGGAAGAACCACGUGUUCCGCUUUAACCACCCUGAGCAGGCGCGAGCUGAGAGGGAGAAGACACCAUCAGCUGAGACGCCCGUGGAGCCUGUGGACUGGACUUUUGCCCAGAGAGAACUUCUGGAGAAGCAGGGCAUUGACAUGAAGCAGGAGAUGGAGAAGAGGCUUACAGAGAUGGAAAUCCUUUAUAAAAAAGAGAAGGAGGAGGCUGAUCAACUGCUUGAGCAACAGAGACUGGUCUAUGAGAGCAAGCUUCAAGAACUACAAAAACAGGUGGAGCAGAUUGCAGAAACUCCUGAUGAGGAGGAGGAGGAAGAGGAAGAGGAGGAAGUGCCAUGGACACAGCAUGAGUUUGAACUCGCUCAGUGGGCCUUCAGAAAGUGGAGGUACCACCAAUUCACCUCACUUAGAGACCAGCUGUGGGGCAACGCAGUAUACCUGAAGGAAGCGAAUGCCAUCAGUGUGGAGCUCAAAAAGAAGGUCCAGUUCCAGUUUGUGCUUCUGACAGACACGCUGUACUCCCCACUUCCCCCUGAACUUUUGCCUCCCGAGCCGGAAAAGGAGCGUGACUCCAGGCCUUUCCCUCGUACUGUGGUGGCUGUGGAGGUCCAGGACCUGAAGAAUGGAGCCACUCACUACUGGUCUCUGGAGAAGCUCAAGCAGAGGCUGGAGCAGAUGCGAGAGAUGUACGACCGUGCUGGAGAAAUGGCCUCCUCCAAUCAGGAGGAAGUGGAGGGGCCCCUGACCGGCAGUGAUCCUUUCUAUGAUCGCUUCCACUGGUUCAAGCUAGUGGGAAGCUCACCAAUCUUCCACGGCUGCGUGAAUGAGCACCUGACUGACCGCACACCCUCACCCACCUUCUCCACGGCCGACUCGGACAUCACCGAGCUGGCUGAUGAGAGGCAGAGCGAGAUGGAUGAUUUCGUGGACGACGAAGCUUUCGUGGACGACACCAGCUCGGAUGCGGGCACCGAGGAAGGCUCAGACAUCUUUAGCGAUGGCCACGACCCCUUCUAUGACCGCUCGCCCUGGUUCACUCUCGUGGGCAGAGCGUUUGUGUACCUGAGUAACCUGCUGUACUCCGUGCCCCUGGUGCACCGUGUGGCUGUAGUGACAGAGAAAGGCGAAGUGCGAGGGUUCCUGCGUGUGGGUGUCCAGGCCAUCGCAGCUGAUGAGGAGGCUCCUGAUUAUGGCUCUGGUAUCCGUCAGUCUGGUACUGCCAAAAUCUCAUUCGAUGACGAGUAUUUCAAAAAGACUGAAUUCUCUUCUGUGGCACUGACCCAUUCUGGCCUUUCUAUGGAGGAGUUGCGUAUUGUUGAAGGCCAAGGACAAAGUUCAGAGGUCAUCACACCCUCUGAAGAGAUGAACAGAAUAAAUGACAUGGAUCUGAAGCUGGGGAACGUCGAUGUCAAGCUGGGCCAAUCAGAAGGAGUGAUUGGUCAGCUGGAGGUGGGAAGUGUCUUCACUUUCCGCGUCACUGUUCUGCAGGCCGCCGGUAUCCCACCAGAGUACGCCGACAUCUUCUGCCAGUUCAACUUCCUCCAUCGUCAUGAUGAGGCUUUCAGUACCGAACCGCUGAAGAAUUCAGGCAAAGGCUCCCCGCUGGGCUUUUACCACGUCCAAAAUAUUUCUGUGGAGGUCACAGAGUCCUUUAUCGAGUACAUUAAGAGCAAUCCCAUCGUGUUUGAGGUGUUCGGACAUUACCAGCAGCAUCCACUGCACCGUCAUGGCCAGGAUGCAAUCAGCCUGCCACAGCCUUCGAGGAAGUACUACCCUCCACCCAUGCCUCUGUCUAAACCAGUUCCAGCCACCAAGCUGAACACCAUCAGCAAGUCAAACCUGGGCCAGUGUGUGAGCAAGUAUGAUCUUCUGGCUUGGUUUGAGAUUAGUGAACUGGAACCAACCGGAGAGUAUAUCCCAGCUGUAGUGGACCACAGUGGAGGUCUACCCUGUCAUGGCACUUACUUACUGCACCAGGGUAUCCAGCGUAGGAUCACGGUGACACUCAUCCAUGAGAAGGGCUGUGAGCUUCACUGGAAGGAUGUCCGGGAGCUGGUGGUCGGUCGGAUCAGGAACAAGCCAGAGGUGGAUGACACUGCGGCAGAUGCAGUGCUCUCCCUUAACAUCAUCUCAGCCAAAAACAUGAAGUCCUCGCAUAACUCCAACAGGACGUUUUACCGAUUUGAGGUUGUGUGGGAUAGCUCGCUGCACAACUCUCUCCUGCUCAACCGUGUGACUCCCUGUGGAGAGAAGAUUUAUAUGACCCUGUCUGCAUACCUGGAGCUUGACCACUGCAUCCAGCCUGCCAUCAUCACCAAAGACAUCUGCAUGGUGUUCUACUCCAGAGAUGCUAAGAUCUCACCUCCACGCUCUCUGAGGAGCCUGUUUGGCAGCGGCUAUUCGAAAUCCCCUGACUGCAAUAGAGUGACCGGGAUCUAUGAGCUUAGCCUGUGCAAGAUGGCCGACACAGGAAGCCCAGGCAUGCAGCGGCGAAGACGGAAAGUCCUGGACACAUCAGUGGCGUACGUGCGUGGAGAGGAGAACCUGGCUGGGUGGAGGCCCAGAGGAGACAGUCUGAUCCUCGAGCACCAGUGGGAGCUUGAGAAACUGGAACAGCUGCACGAGGUGGAGAAAACACGUCACCUCCUGCUGCUGCGGGAGAAACUGGGAGAGUCGGUUCCUCAGAAGUCUCUGAGUGAGUCUGUCUCUUCAAGCUUGAGCAGCGGCACCCUGAGCACCUCGACCAGCAUCUCCUCACAGAUCUCCUCCACCACCUUCGAGAGCGCCAUCACUCCCAGCGAGAGCAGUGGAUAUGACUCAACCGACAUUGAGAGCCUGGUGGACCGUGAGAAGGAGUUGGCCACUAAGUGCCUCCGCCUUUUGACUCACACUUUUAACAGUGACUAUAACCAGAUGUGCAACAGCGUUAGCGCUUGCCAGCUGUCUGAUAUCUCACCCAUGGGCCGAGAUCCAUCAGUCACCAGUCUCAGCAGUGCCACCCUUACCCCGUCCUCUACCUGCCCCUCCCUGGCAGACUCCCGCUGUGGUUCAGAGCAGAAGACUCCUGAGCCUAACUCCCGCGCCACCAGCCCCUCAUACUCGGACUAUGAGAACUUCCCCAUUGUGCCCAGCAUGGAGACAUCAUACCUGGCUCGCGCUGGCAAACAUGAGUUCCUCAAUCUGGUGCCCGAUAUUGAGGAGAUGAGGCCUGGAUCUGUGGUGUCUAAGAAGGGAUUCCUGAGCUUCAUGGAGCCACGCUCGAACUCGUGGGUGAAGCACUUUGUGGUAGUACGCCGCCCGUACGUCUUCAUCUACAACAGCGAAAAGGACCCAGUGGAACGAGGUGUCCUGAACCUGUCCACUGCUCAGGUGGAGUACAGCGAGGAUCAGCAGGCCAUGCUCAAGACUCCCAACACAUUUGCUGUGUGCACUAAGCACAGAGGGAUUCUGCUCCAGGCCAACAAUGAUAAAGACAUGAACGACUGGCUGUAUGCUUUUAACCCGCUGCUAGCAGGAACAAUAAGGUCCAAACUGGCGAGAAGACGCUCCGCUUUGCUGAAGGACUAAACAAGCUUCUCAUUUUGAAGAGAUCGUGCUCUGUUUCUUCUCCCUAGCCUUCGAGUGUUAACACUUAUUAAAACUUUGUGAUUCUUGAUGGUUUUCUCUUGUAUGUAGACCUGUGGCUUAAGUCUCCUCUCCAGCAAAUGAACUCUUGAGUUUCUGAACACCCACUCCUCCCCCCCCCCUCCUCUCUCCCUCUUUCUCUCUCUCCUAACCUCUCGCUAUUUUGUUCGUUUGGAUCCUUUUCUGUCUUUUAAGUUUUCGUUCUCUGCCAUAGCGGAACCUUCUUCUAGUAGCAUGUCGUAAUAGUCUGUUUGUGUGUGCACGAUUCUCCCGAGCAGUUUCUCUUCUCUAUUUGAGUUAUUACUCGUCUGUAACGAUCGUCUUUAUCAGUGUUAUCUGUUGAGUCAGGUACGUUUUCUCCCGCAUGGCCACAGCAGCAGUCCUCAGGAUAUCAGCAGUUUGCUUAACAAAAGCCUCACAGAGUACCACUGAACAUAGAUCAAAUACACUUAUAUCACUAUCUGAAAAGAAAUACUUCACUCAUAGAGAAUAAUAGCUCAGUAGUUUUUACACUAGUGAGUAGAUGUCCCAACACUGGAAGAGGGGGACGGGGAUGUAUAAGGGCAGAGGCGUGAAUUUGAAGUGCGUAUGGCUAAAUCUGGGACCAGUCAGCAUUUAUUAUGAGUAUUACUGUGGACCUGGAUGAAGAAUGUGGACAGAUUUCGAUUCUGUGGUCCAUUAGGCAGUGCUCCAGCACUGUGCAUUUGCUUAGCAUUCGUUUAAUUCUAUGUAGUAAAGGGAUAACACAUGCCCAUUUGUAAAGGUGCAUUACUAUGUAGCACUAGAGGAUGAUGGAUGAAAGAGAACACUAUUUCCCUGACAUUUAUGCAGUUCAUCUGCACAGCAUUUACUUCAGAUCUAAAUCUUUCAAUCUUGAUAUUUAAAAUAACAGAACAGAACAAAGUGAUUAGACGAGACAAAUGAGAUGAAGGUCAUUUGUAAAUACUUUAAAGGAUUCCUGCACUUUCAUGCUAGUCAUUCUGAAACAAGAGACAUUCCUUUUGUGCUGUUGUCCACGUGAUCUUUUAUUUAUUGCGAGAUCGCAGCAGUUAUUUUAGCCAGGCGGAUUUGAUAGCCACUGGACUGCGGUACUGAUAUUGGAGCUUUGUUGAAUGAUACGUUGGUGGUGAACCAGCCGCUUAGCUCACCAUCAGAAAACCAUGAAGCCUCCAUGACCAUGUUGAACCUGAACCUAUGAAUUUAACAAUGUUAACUAAUUACUGAUUAUUGUACUCAUUAUCUUAACUUAUUAUUUCUAAUGCUGCUUGUUUUGUAUCUCAUUAACUUAAAUUUGAAUUCAAAAAUGAAGCAGGUUGUUGUAAGGGCUUUUUUGGGGUUUCUUUUUUUUUUUCUAUUUUUUUUUAUCCAACUGAUAGUUUUGCACAUUGACACAAACACAAGUGGACCACUGAAGUAGAUUUUUGGUUCAUCACUCUUUGAAGGAUGAAUUAUUUUGCAGUGUAACACACAGAAAUGGGAUCGAAUAUAUGCUCAUGCUUUUUCAUUUCUCAUGAAAAGAUUUGCUCUGUUAAUGUUUGAUGCAGUUAGUUUGGGAUUAGCGAUCGAGUAGUCUUUCAGUCUUUGCCUUGCGUUAAUGCUGGACGGUUUUGACAAGGAGAUAUACGUGACUUGGCACACGGAAAUCCUCUGGCCAGCCAACCAGCAGGCUAUGUGCUUCACAUAAUCUCUAAAGCUAAUGCAGAAUUUCAGCUUAGUGUAAGGCCUGGCUUUCCAAUGAAGCAAAGUCAUGACUCUCAUUCAUCUUUAGAUAACAAAGCGAAAUGGCCGAGAUGGUUCUGUUCUGAGGUCGGCCAACCCGAGAAACAGAAAUAACAAAAGGAUGAGAAAAGACUUCUGUUUAAAAUGUUGUGUGCACACAUGUUUAUUUCAUAUGACAUUUGUAAGGGGAAAGGGUUUUGCCAUGCCACCAUUUCAUCAUCAUUUCAAUAUUGUAGGAACAUGUGAUGGAAUGAAUUGCAAGAGCAUGUGAGCAAGUUGCACAAGUCUUGACAGAGCAAAGAGUUUCACUGUUAAGAGACAUUAUAACUGUAUAGCUAUUUGUUUGUUUUUGGUUGCAGUGUAUAUAUUCAUUUGCAGUUCUUUGCACAUUUAACAGGUGAUAACUAACAGAUCAAAUAAAGCCUGAAGUGGAUUUCUGGUGUUUACUCAAAUAUGAACAAGAUAGCAUAAGAUCAGAUCGAAUUAUGUAGUGUGUUACAGUUGGAAGUGGAUUUUGAAUGUACCUCUGUGAUGUCAAUGGCAAAUAUUCACUAACUGCAUUGGGUGUAAGAACAAAAGGGAAAACGUCCUUUUUUUUUUUUUUUUUUUUAACUGCCAGCUUGAGUAACUGUAGUGUUUCCUGUUGCUUUCAUUUGGUUGUGCCACUCCUACAAACCCAGUCUGAGUUCAGGUGUGUACUUCUGAGUUCAGGUGUGUUAUGAUGAUGCGGGGAGGGAUACUGUUUAGAUUUAUUUUCUAAUAUCAGGGACUAUAUUUUUAGAGGUAUUCCAGAAUGAAUCAUUACACAUGCAUAUACCGUUUAAUCUUUGUUUCUCAGUCAUUGUAUUGCAUUUUCCCAUGCUGCCUUCGGAACCACUCUGGCAUACACUCCCUCUCAGAGGCGUCCUUUUAGUAAACUUCCCACUCAUUUUGUUGAAAGAUAACAAGCUAAACCAAUGCUUUAACACUGUACAUUAUUUGUCAGAUUGGCUUCAUUUUCAUACUUAUUUUGUAAAUAUUACAUGUUGUAUGGAGCUUGAAUUAAAAUGUAAAUAUGU